AUGCUGUGCGCAAUCUCAGGUGAAGCACCGCAAGAGCCGGUGGCUUCGCGCAAAUCUGGAAAUGUGUUUGAGCGCCGAUUGAUCCAGGCAUACAUCUCCGAGCAUGGUUCAGAUCCUGUCAAUGGAGAAGAGCUCUCCGUGGACGAUCUGGUCGAGCUCAAGCAGGCUCGCGUCGUGAAGCCUCGUCCUCCAACCCUCACAUCCAUCCCAGCAUUGCUGUCGACCUUUCAAAAUGAGUGGGACGCGCUUAUCCUGGAGUCAUACCAACUCAAGCAGCAGCUUGCAGAAACGAGACAAGAGUUGAGCACGGCAUUGUACUACAACGAUUCCGCGCAAAGAGUUAUUGCGCGUCUACAGCAGGAGCGGGACCAGGCAYGCGACGCUCUGUCGAGGGUAUCAGUCACUGGAGCUGCGAAUGGAGCGAAUGGCGAUGCGAUGCAGGUCGACGGACAAGCGCUGUCGGAGCAGGCGGUUGCAAAAAUCACCGAGACACAUGAGCGUCUCUCCAGCACUCGGAGAAAGAGACCCGUGCCAGCGGAAUGGGCUACUUCGGAUGAAAUUCUCGGAUACGAUGUGAAGACCACCGUAGAUACACACUUCACCGGCGCAAAGACCUUGGCCGCCGAUCAGACUGGUAAUUUCUUCCUUUGCGGCGACUCGGAUGGCACCAUGGGUGUGUUUGAUGCGAAACAAGGUGCAUUCACUACGAGGGUCAACUUUGGRGCUGGUGCGAUUCUGGGCGGGGCUUGGGCGAAUGACAAGCAGGUGGUCUCGACGUCGAGUGGAGUGGUGGUGGUAUCACAGGAGGGAGCCGUUCAGGGGAAUUUUGAGAAACAUGCCGGAGCUGCGACGGCURUCGCUACUCAUCCGAGUGGCGAGAUUGUGGUAUCUGUUGGUUACGACAAGAGCUAUAUCCUCUACGACGUUAGCACUAUGGAGGUACUCACGCAGGUGUACUGCGAUGUCGAACUCACCACCACCGCCUUCCACCCGGAUGGACACAUUUUGGCUGUCGGAGGCGCAGAUGGCUCCGUGRGAAUGUACGAUGUCAAGACAUCUCAGCUCGCGCACACAUUUCCUGCACCCUCUGCUACCACCCCCAUCAUCGCCCUCACAUUCUCCGAAAAUGGAACUUGGUUGGCUUCAGCGAACCAGGGACAGAAUGUCCUCACGAUCUGGGAUCUCAGGAAAAUGGCUGCAUUGAAGACGAUUGAUAUUGGUACUACGGUCACCGGGAUUUCUUGGGAUUACACGGGCCAGUUUUUGGUUGCCGGCGGUCCAGGAGGAAUUGCUGUGAACCAGUACUCGAAGAGCAGCAAGUCAUGGAGCGAGCCCCUACGAAAGGCGCUCAAUGUUGCCGAUGUCCAGUGGGGAUCAAAGGCGAGGAGUCUGGUUGUGCUUACUGGUGAAGGCUCGGUUCAAGUUCUUAGCGCAUGA